UAACUUCCAGUUCAUUCAUUGGUUGCGGCACUAACCCUUCGUCGAAUAUCAAGUAGCCAUAGUUGCAAGAAAGACCGGUCAAAUAUGCAGCCUUCUGUCAUGAAUGUUGUGUUAUGGUCCUCCUUUCAGGUUUUAUUUUCUUUGACCUAUUUUAACGAGGUCGAUGCUUCAGCUUCGAGCCGAGGUUUUGGAGAUAACAUCAGCUGGAGAACCCUUGACGAUGGGAAGAAGGAGGCCGAGGCCAGUGGUCUUCCAAUGAUGGUCAUCGUUCACAAGACUUGGUGCGGAGCCUGCAAAGCCCUGAAACCUAAAUUUUCAGAAUCCAAGGAGAUCUCUGAGCUCGCUCACAACUUUAUCAUGGUCAACCUGGAGGAUGAGGAGGAGCCGAAAGACGAGGCGUUCAGCCCAGAUGGGGGGUACAUUCCUCGCAUUCUGUUCCUGGAUCCCACUGGUGCAGUUCACCCUGAAAUCACCAACAAAAAUGGAAACCCCAGCUAUAAGUAUUUCUACAGCAAUGCGGAUCACGUCGCUGCUGGUAUGAAGGAGGCUCAGGAGAAGCUCACGGGAGACGCCUACAGGCAGAUCCACGUCGGGGACGAACUCUGAGGGGCGCGAGAUGGGCAGACGGCGUCAAGGGCUACCCUUCCAUAGGCCCGAGCCCAAUCCUGCCCUAGGAAUACACCUCCCAACCUAUAGCACCAUGCCAUUCAUCACAAGUUCACUUUGGUUUCAGAAUAACGGUUUGGUUUUCAAGUAGGUGGAACUUAAUAAUAUACUUUAAUCUAACUUUGGCCGACGGCCCAAAGCUUCAACCGUUUCACGGUUAAGGUGCUCGAGUCGGGUGAUUCCGUCCCUCGUCCAAGACUUCAUCAUCAUCGCCCUCUCUAGUUUCUCUUUCGUUAUUCUGUCCCGUUUGUUUCUUUGAUAUGUUCGGUGUUGGCGAAAUGCACUGUUUUUGAAUAAAGUGCCAUGCGUCUUUCCUCUGUAAGAGGUUGAAAGCCAAGUCGACUAGCUAGCCGAGGGACACCGCAGUAUUGGACCGUACAUCCAUGCCUUCACCCGGGACUUCAUAGUGCUUCCAAAUCUUCUACAGGACUGAAUGAUGCGAUGUGUCCCGUCUAAAGGGGCCUUUGCUUUUUAGGUCUUAGUUUCAUAAUGACGGUUGGUAUGUAUUAUGAGUCCAAGUAUGUUCAAUAUUUGGUUAAACUAUAUACUUGUUUUACCUAGAGUCAAAGUUUGUCAGUUGUCUGUGCUUCUGUUGAGGUAACAUUGGCCUUGUUUUACCUUCUUUCAAUGGAUGAAAAUGUGCUAUUGGUGUAUUUUAUA